AUGUCACUCUCAACGGUGGUGGCAGCCUACUCCCUGAUCAGACCGGUAACGACUAAACCAAUAAUCACACUUGAAGAACACUUUCUCUCCCGCGGCGCCGAAGCCCACCUCGACCCCCGCAAUGAGAACUUCAAAGCCAUCCCGGGGAUCUUUGAACUACUCCCUGAGCUCGGCCCUCGUCGCAUUACGGACAUGGACGCUGGCCAGGUCACUAUGCAGGUUAUCUCCCACACGCUUGGAGACCUGUCCCCGGCCGAGUGCCGAGAGUACAAUAACCAGCUUGCCGAAGCCGUGCGCUUUCAUCCCGACAGAUUCGCUGGUUUCGCCGACCUUCCUAUGUAUGAACCCCAAGAGGCUGCGAAGGAGCUCCAUCGAACGUGUUCCAGGGAGAAGGAUGACGGGAUGAAAUUCGUCAGUGCGUUAGUCGAUAGUCAUACCAAAAGCGGAUUGUACUACGACGACCCGGAAUUUGACGUGCUCUGGAAGGAGGCGACAAACUUGGAUGUGCCCAUCUAUAUCCACCCGACAUGGGCAUCUGAACAGGUCUUCACUGCGUAUAAAUCGCCCCACCUCCCAGAGAACGUCACAACGUCUAUCCUUGCGUUCGGUUUCGGCUGGCACAGCGAUGUUGCGGUGCACAUCAUGAGGCUGUACGCUGCGGGGGUGUUUGACCGGUUCCCUAAAUUGAAAAUCAUUAUCGGGCAUAUGGGCGAGAUGAUCCCGUAUAUGCUUCAGAGGAUCCAGCAGGUAUCUUCGCAGUGGGGGAAGGAGAGAUCAUUCCGGGAGGUGUGGGAUACUAACUUAUGGUUGGCGACGAGCGGAAAUUGGGCGUUAGAUCCGUUGGCCUGCAUUUUGCGGAAUACGAAGCACGAUAGGAUUAUGUAUAUCGUAGACUACCCAUUCGCGAAGAGUCUUUAUGGGUUAAAAUGGUUAGAAGAGCUGGAGGAGAGUGUGAUGGUUAGUAAAGAGGAGUUGGAGGGCAUUCGCUGA